GCCGCUUCCGGCGCGGGAGGAGAUGUGGCGGGCGUGCGGGGCGCUCCGGACGCGACCCCCGGGGGCCCGGGCCUGCGGCGGGGGCGGGGACGUGCCGUACGCGCAGGGCCAGGCCCCGGAGCCCCGGACGCGGGAGUACUUCUACUACGUGGACCACCAGGGCCAGCUUUUCCUGGACGACUCCAAAAUGAAGAACUUCACCACCUGCUUCAAAGACCCACAGUUCCUGGUCACCUUCUUCUCCCGCCUGAGACCCAACCGCAGCGGCCGCUACGAGGCCUCCUUCCCCUUCCUCUCGCCCUGCGGCCGGGAGCGCAACUUCCUGCGCUGCGAGGACCGGCCGGUGGUCUUCACGCACCUGCUGGCCUCGGGCCCCGGGCCCCCGCGGCUGUCCUACUGCGGCGGCGGGGACGCCCUGGCCGUGCCCUUCGAGCCCGCGCGCCUGCUGCCCCUGGCCGCCAACGGCCGCCUCUACCACCCGGCGCCCGAGCGUGCGGGCGGCGUGGGCCUGGUGCGCUCCGCCCUGGCCUUCGAGCUGAGCACCUGCUUCGAGUACCCGCCCGGCGCGGCCGCGAUGCCCUCGCACGUGCGCUGGCAGGGCCGCCGCCUCGCCCUCACCAUGGACCUGGCCCCGCUGCUGCUGCCCGCCGCGCCGCCCUGA